AUGGACUCUUCAGUUCUCACCCCCGACACUCCGGAGCGGUCUCCGGCUGCCCGUGAGGCUUUCCCCUUCAGCUCUCCCAGCUCCCCCGGCUCCCCCAAGGAUGGUUCCGAGUCUUGGGAGUAUUCUCACGAUGGUUACUACCCCGUCACUCCUCCUACCGAGGAGUGUGAGUCUGAUGAGGAGCUGGCCACUAUUGCCAGCUCCAUUGAUCUUGAUGCCGAGCCCCUGGUUGCCGUCAUCGGAGUGGGAUACGUUGGGGAGCAUCUCGUCGCCAACUUCGCCCGCAAGUUCAACGUCCUCGGCUUCGACGUCUCUGAAGCUCGCAUCAAGAGCCUCGAGGAGGACUUUGGCCCCGAGAGCAAGGCCAAGUUCACCUGCAAGCCGAGCGACAUGGCAGCGGCUACACACUUCCUCAUCUCAGUCCCUACCCUUCUCCGCCCAGACCAGACUGUCGACACUUCAUUUCUGAGGUCUGCUCUCAAGAACGUCGCAACAUACGCUCGCGCCGGUUCCGUGGUUGUUGUUGAGUCCUCCGUCGCUGUCGGCAUGACAAGAGAGCUGCUUGGCCCCCUCGCCAAGGAGCGCCACUUCUACGCUGGCAUGUCUCCCGAGCGCGUCGACCCCGGCCGUGUCGAGCCUCCCGCCUUUGCCAUCCCCAAGAUUGUUUCCGGCCUGGACGACAUGGUCCCCGGCUCCCUGAACGCCAUUGUCCGCCUGUACUCCCAGGUUUUCGACCACGUCGUGCCCGUGUCGCGACCUGAGGUUGCCGAAAUGACCAAGCUCUACGAGAACUGCCAGCGCAUGAUGUGCAUUGCAUUUGCCAACGAGAUGGCCGACGCCUGCGUUGGCCACGGAGUCGACCCCUACGAGGUGUCGAGCGCGGCGGCGACCAAGCCUUUCGGUUACAUGCCUUACACUCCCAGUCUCGGUGUCGGCGGUCACUGCAUCCCCGUCAACCCAUACUACCUUCUUUCCAACAGCAAAUUCCCCCUCCUGCAACACGCAACAGAGACGAUGCGCGCUCGUCCAUCAGCCAUCGCCCAGCGCGCUGUCGACACCCUGUGCGCGGAGAAGUCGCGACCCAGCGUCCUUGUCGUGGGCAUGGGCUUCAAGAAGGGCCAAUCUCACCUUGCAAACUCCCCAGGACUGGAGCUCGCAAAGAGCCUUGUCCUGUCGGAGAAGGUUGAUGUUUGCUGGGCCGAUCCCCUGGUCAAGCAGGAGGCGGUGCCGCAGAUCCCGCGUCUGGACGACGCCGAGGGCUGGAACGUCAAGUCGUUGGAGCAGCGCUUCGACAUGGUCAUCGUUGCUUACCGGCAAACAGGGCUCAACUUUGAUGUUCUCGGUCAGCUGAAGGACACUCGCGUUGAGAUGUGGUGCAACUAA